UCUGGGGUUGUAGACAAGAUGAGAGGUUUACUCGCCCUAUUUCUGGUCGCGACUGCGCAGGCUAUGCCUGCCUUCGACCAAGAUGCGAAAGAACAAGGACUGAUGACCAGCGUUAUGGGAGUUGUUAAGGAGUGUGUUGAAAACGACGUAUCUUUAUGCUUAAAGGAGAAGGCUUUGAAAUACGUUGAAUCGCUGUCGACUGCUAGAGAGAUGGAUUUGGCUGAUGGAGUAACACUUCUUGGUACUGGAUCUCCGAGGUCUGCGAGGGCGUUUGAACCUCUGUCUGAUGAACCUCAAGCGAGGGAAGCUCAAGUGGAAUCAAGACUAUUGGAUUCAGCUGCUGACUUCUUGGAGAAUCAUGUGAUACAGUUCAAACUACCGUCAUCAGCUGUCGAAGGCAUGAAGCGAUCUUUGGAAGAGGCUCGUGGCAAAAAGAAGAAGCUGAAGCAACUCAUCCCACUCUUGGCGAUCGCUAAACUGAAGAUCAUGGCUCUCAUUCCUCUGUUCUUGGCUAUCAUCGCCUUCGCCGCUGUUAAGGCUGUCCUCCUCGCCAAGAUCUCUCUUCUAGUCGCCGGUAUCAUUGCAUUGAAGAAACUUCUAGCAAGUAAACACCAUGAAACUAGUUACGAGGUUGUCGCACAUCCACAUCACGAAGAGCACUUCGCAAGCAGUGGACAUGGUUGGGGACGGUCUAUCGAUGAUGCUCAAAACUUGGCGUACUCCGGACAUAUUAAAUCAGAUUAAGCGGAGCCUUAAUGACAGUUACAUAAGCGAUAUCGAUAAUCAACAAAUUAAAAUGACAGAGAAGUGACAAAAGUUGUCUCUUUUCUGGAUAGCAUUUUCAAAUCAGAUUAGACUUACGGUCUUAUCUGAUAAAAACUUUGAACAUACAUUUUGUCACGCUGAUUAUUUAAGAGCUAAUGUAAUUUUUGUCUACAGCCUUAGAAGAGUCAUAGUGUUUUAUGUUAAUAUUAAGAAAUAUUUAUUUGAUUAUUUAUUCAAUUGAAUGAUUAAGAAUAAGACGUGUUGUUGUUUUCAUAAAUUUGUUCUGAAUUUGUAUGGUCUUGUAUGUACUAUAUUAGUAUUUUAUAACCCAAUACGGUAUCCGUAUUCGUGUGAUUUGUUUUAAACAAAUCGUUUUAUUUAUAUAUAUAUAUAUAUAUUUAUUAAUUUUUAUUCUAGUCCUAUAUUCUCAUUAUAUGUAACUAAUAGAAUAUUAUUUCUAUCCACCUAAAUAAUACUAAGUAUUAUAAGUAUUGAAUAUUUUGUAAAUAUAUUUUAGUUUAACUCUUUUCCAAUAUUUUAUCUAUCUAUAAAUAUUAUUCUUUAAUAUUUUUUUUCCUAUAAUAUUCUUUGUCUAUAUUUCAAUAUAUUUGUCAUUAUGUAAGCAUGUUUUAGUAUAUCUUUACAGAUACAAGUUAUAUAUAACUAUAUUAUGUUAUAUAUUGCUUCUU